AGAAAAAAGUUCGCUAGCAGCAAGAAAAAAUCAAUACUCACUUAGUCAUUGUUUUAUGGCUGAGGUCUUCCGACGUAUUUACUUUACAGAUAUAUAGCCCCUUCGGUCUUACUUUGACGAGCCUAACAUCCUUUUGACAUCUCUUAUUUUACUUUUGCAUUUUGCAUUUUGUUACCGUAACCCCAAGAAACAAAAUCACCAUCUUCAGCAACAAUGUCUUCCUCGGUGUUCUUCAAGUUCAAGUCGCAGAAGGAGCCCACUAGAGUGGAAUUUGACGGCACAGGUAUCUCAGUCUUUGAGCUCAAACGUGAGAUUAUCAACAAGAGCGGAUUGGGUGAUGGCACAGAUUUCGACCUCUAUAUUUAUACAGACGACAACAGUGAAGAGUACGAUGAUGAUACAACAAUUGUUCCCAGAUCAACGACAGUGAUUGCUCGGCGACAGCCCGCCGUUAAGCCUGGAGCUGGGCGAGCCGCUCGAUAUGUCUCAGGCAAAAUGCCCGUGGCGGCCAAGAACGCCGGCCGUAAGGAACAGUUGGCAAAAGUAUCGGCCUCCAAACCAAAUACAAAUGCCUUCAGCCAGAUGAACGAUGCCAUGACGGAGGAAGAUCGAAUGGCCGCCAUGUUUGCUGCUCAGACAGAGCAAUGGUCAGCCCAGCAAGAAGAGUUGUCUCACCAAGCACCAGUACCCUUUGGUAAGCCUGGCUCCAAGCGGCCGGCAAAUGUUCCUGACCAUGACCCCCCUAAUGGGUACAUUUGCUAUCGAUGUGGAAACAAGGGCCAUUGGAUCCAGUUGUGCCCAACCAACGAUGAUCCCGAUUUUGACAAUCGACCUCGCGUCAAGCGCACCACUGGCAUCCCUCGUUCAUUUCUACAAAAGGUGGAUAAGUCUGUCAUUUUAGCUCAGUCGGAAGGUGAUGAAACCAAACGGCCCUCAGGAAUCAUGGUCAACGCUGAGGGAGACUUUGUCAUUGCUGAGCCAGACAGUGCCUCUUGGGAGCAAUUCCAAGCCAAGGCCAAGUCCUCUUCUGCCGCGGCCAAGACGGCGCAGGCGGAAGACAAGGAAAUGCAAGAGCGUGGUCUCGAAUGUUCAAUUGACAAGAAGAUGUUCAUAGAGCCAAUGAAAACUCCGUGCUGUCAGAAGACGUUUUGCAAUGACUGCAUAACCAAUGCACUCAUCGAAAGCGACUUCGUCUGCCCUGCUUGUCAGACUGAAGGUGUGCUAAUAGAUGAUCUCCAGCCUGAUGAAGAAGUGUCAAAGAAGAUUCAAGAGUACCUCAAGGAGAAGGAAGCUGCCAAGGUCACUCCCCCGUCGUCACCCAAGGGCAACUCGGAAGAAGUGCCUGGCAGCUCGGAGAAUGAUCAAGCUAAAGAUGCAGCAAAUAAGGAAGAUGGAGCAGCAGACGCUGUGGAGGACAAGACGAGGCGGAAGAGCAUCGAGUCUUCAGAGCAGAAGCCCAACUCACCAGCUACAGAAUCAGUCGAUUCGGCAUCCAAGUCCCCUUCAGCCGAGUCAAAGAGUCUCGUUCCCAGCUCUCAGGCUGCAGAUGGCAAGACUGAAGUAGUCAAGGCAGAGGACGCCGUCUCGAAGAAGAGACCGGCUGAAGACUUCCUAGAGAAUCCCAAGAUACCCAAAGGACCCCGCGCCAUGCAGAACCAACAAUCCCAGAAUAUGAUGAAUGGCAACAUGAUGAACGGAAUGCCCAACAUGGGUAUGAACAACAUGAUGUUUAAUGGAGGCAUGGGCAUGAUGCCAAACAUGAUGGGCAUGGGCGGUAUGGGAAUGAAUAUGGGCAUGAAUAUGGGUAUGAACAUGGGCAUGCCUCCUAUGCCUAUGCCUAUGAUGAACAUGCCAAUGAUGGGUAUGCAAGGCUUCAACAACAUGAAUGGGGGCUACGGAAAUAUGAAUGGAGGAUACGGCAUGAACAACAACAACAACAACAACAACAUGAACGGCAUGAACAAUAUGAACAUGAAUGGCGGUGGCAUGAACAACAACUGGGGCAUGAACAAUGCCAGCGGUAUGAAUGGUAUGAACACCAUGGGCGGAAUGGGCGGCAAUAUGAACGGGAUGAACGGCGGAGGCAUGAUGAAUGGCUUCCAAAACGGCGGCAACUUCACACAGGGAGGUGGUGAAGACGAUGCCUACUUCCGAAAACCUGUCAACCCGCAUCGACACCAGAACAAGCAACGCAGAGUCCGGCCAAGCGACUACCGAGAGCUCUGAGCGUGGCUGAGAGAGAAGUUGUUAUGACAAUAUCCACUACAAACUUGCAUUCGACGGCCAUCCGGAAUGGCUUCAAGUCGCAACAACGGAGCAAGGGAGGCAUUUUCUCUUUCGUUUUUCCUUUCAACGACUACAUUUAAUACUGGCCCCGCUGCGUACUUUCACACCGCAGACAUAUGCCACAACAAAAAAAAACUUGGAGCCCAUUUGCAUUUAGCUGGCAAGCACUUACAACACUAUACAAUGGAUGAACAGGAAGGAAAUACCACGCAAUAUUUGAAAGGGCUUG